ACAAAUGAUUAAAAAAAAAAAAAAAAAAGUAAUGCAAACACAAAUGUCAAACCGUGGACGCCGCGUAUUUGCCAAAAGUUUAUUUAGUUAUUUUUUAUUGAAUUAGUGGUCCUAAAAGUGUAGUGUACCGGCUAAGAUGCCGAAUAAGUACUUUAUUUACGCCGGCGGGCGUUGGUGCGAGGUGGACAUACGGCGGGGUCGCGUGGAAGGUUUUCGACAACGCGCGCGUUUUUGCUACUUACGCGGCGGGAGGUUGGAAGUGGGGCGCACGGCGACUAUCCUGCGGGCGCUACGAGCGCUGGCGGCUGGUGCCGGCGGCGCCGCGCGGGAUUCUGCGCCUCUACUUCACCGGCGACGUCAUAAGUCGCGGCGACAGAGUGUCCGCGCGCAUCGCUGCUGCUCCCAGCAUCACCAUCAUUCCAGAUGUGACGUAAAUGCCAACGAGUUAGGCGACAAGCCAACCUCCACAUCUGUCCAAGCCCAAGAGACUCCCCCGCGCAAAAGAAAACGAUCCACCAGCGAGGAAUCACACAGCAAAGCCAAGCAGAUUAAGAGCGGCGAAGUAACACAAGAAACUAAGUCUCCGCAAAAGAAGGCAAUAGAAGACAAAGAGGAGCUAAUUGUGAAAAGUCUAUUAGAAGACAGUAAGGAAAAGAAGGUGGCACUGCAAAAGAAAACUGUAAAAGUACGAGGCCCAGAAGAAGAGGAACUAGUACAAAGUCUCCUAGAAAGCAGCUCUUCAGAAGACAUAAAAGAACAGAUACAGUCACCUAAGAAACCUGGGCCAAGAUUCCGUGAAGAUAAAGAAACACAGAGAAGUCCGCAGAAGUCACAGAAAGCGAAGACUGUAGCGAGAGGGAAGGAAAAAGAGAAGUUAGUACAGUCCCUGCUGCAGACCAGUUCUGAUGAUGAACAGGUACCAACCAAACCCCAGCCUUCAGCCAAGUCUCAGCCCACACAGGAGUCCGACAGUAGUUCCUCGUCCUCAGAGCGGAAGGAGGUGUGCAAGGAGCUCGUCAUCGGGGACGAUGACGUCAGGGUGCUGCGAGGGUUCCUGGCCAGGACUGCAGGGGGAGACGAACUCAAGAGGUUCGACAAAGACGAGGAAUACAAAACCGGAGUGUUCUACAAACUGAACCCGCUGGUGUGCCUCAAACGGUGCGGACCUUUGGAAAAACUGCUGACACAGCAGCUCACUCUAAAGGAGUUUGCAAGACACUUAGGACUGCGGAGCGUCGCCGACGUCACUCCGGAGAAGAGAUAUCGCAUGAGACACACCACGCGGCAGGCUCGCAACACCGCUAGUAUAACCAGCGACAGUGAAAAAGAGAAGGCGAAUGCCGUCCAGCCAAAAAGGAGGCAGUUGUGGAACAGGGACAGAGAGCUGUUCAAUAACUCCCGAUCGUCCCGGUCCAGUGAGCUGAAAGUCAAGCCUCAGAUACACAGACCGGCGCGAAACAGUUCCCGAGACACCACUGAUAGCGACACAGAGAUCAAGCAACACAUCCGGAGACAUCUCGAGAGACGGGCCAGUGCUAAGCUUAACCCUGGGAGAAAAGAAACGAGAACUAAUAAAGAUGAUGACUCUAUAGUUGUAGAAAGUGAUAGUGAUGAAAAUAGUAGUAAUUCUGAUGAUAAUCAGAGAAAAAUUAGACGCAAGUCUAAAGCUGCAAAGGAUGAUAAUGAAUCUGUGCUAGUUAGCGAUGAUAAUAAUAGUAACGCUAAUAAUAAUGAAAGAAAAACUAGACGCAAGUUUAAAGGAACAAAGGAUGAUAAUGAAUCUGUGCUAGUUAGUGAUGAAAGUGACAGUGCUGUGGAUCAAAAACAAGUAAAAUCUAGAAGCAGAACUAGAGCAAAGAGCAAAACUGCUGAUGAAGAAUCAGUGGUUAUUAGUGAAAAUGAACAAAGUGAUAGUAGCAAAAGUGAUACUACUAAUGAAAGUGCUGGACCAUCUACUAGGAGAACUAGAUCUCAAGAUCCGGAAAAGAGAAUGCCAAGAGAACAUAACAAGUCUGUAAUGAUUAGUGAUACAGAUAGUAGUGCGCAAGAAAAUACUAGUGAAACUAGAACUAAGUCUAAGGAGACUGACAAAACGCAUGGUAAAUCUAUAUUAGUUAGUGAUAGUAAUACAGAUGAAGAAAAUCAGGUCAAAAAUGUACGAACUAGAUCUAAAGAUCCAAAAAGAGUAUUGAGAGACAAUAAAGCAGAUACCAAUACAAAAAAAGAAAGUGAUAGAAAAACUAUAAAAGACGUGGAUAAUCAAACUGAAACUACUAAAAUAACUAGGUCAUCCAAGAAGAUCACAGAAGAUAACUCUAAAGAUAAUCAAAAGGCGAAUAAUACGAAAAAAGAUGAAAAAUCGAGUAAAAUAGAAAAUACAUCUGAUAAAAGAAAAGAACAAAAACCAGGACCUUCAAGAAGAGAAAUUAAAGAAAUUCCUAAGAAACCAGAAACCUAUAAAAAUCAAGAUAAAUCAGAAAUAAGCGAUAGUAGCGACGCGUUUGAAACAUCUAAGUUAUCGCCAAAGAAAAAUAAAGAGAAGAUAAAAGUACGCAAGGAUUUGGCUAAAAGGAUAUCAGCUAUUAAUAAGCAAAGGAAUUCUAAAGGGAAAUUUAUUAAACAAUCACCAGAUAAUAAUGAUAAUAAGAAUAAAACUAAUGAAAAAGAAAAAGCUCGAAAACUGAAUGAUGAUAGAAUUGAAAAAGCGGGCCAAAAAGAUAAAAAUAAAGGAUAUGACAAAAACAGAACAGAAAAUGAUAGAGAUAAAGAAAAAGAUAAAGUGUUGAGAGACAGAAUAGAUAGAGACAAGGAUGAAGAGGAGGGAAGUAAAGGUAGUGACAAUCAGAAGACUGAAAAUAAAGGCAAGGAAAAUAAUAGGAAAGCAGCGGCUGUAAGAAGCAUGUUUGUCAAACCUAUUAAAUUUAAGAAGUCUAGCGUGGCGAACGGACGUGAAUACACGUCAUCAGAAGACCACGCGAUCGUAGCGUGGAUAUCCGUCGGCAACCGGAUGCGAAUGGUCAACGGCAACGCCAUCUGGCGGGAGCUGCAGGGCGAGUACACGCGCCUCACGUCGCAGACUCGGUCGUGGCAUUCGCUCCGGAACCGCUACCUGCGCUACAUCCUGCCGUCACUGGGCCAGCUGGCGCUGCCGCCGGCGCAGGUGUCGCGGCUGCGCGCCGCCGCGGCCGUCGGUAAGUUAAAGACGGUGUCCCGUCGGAACUCAAUAUUCAAGAGCCAGCGAGUGGUGAGCGCGUCCACCGCUGGACGGCUACAGUUCCGGCCCGCGUUCGACUCCGACUCGGAUUCCGAUACAAGCAAAGCGCCCACGGCGCCGCCCUCGCCGCGGCGCCGCCCCCCCGCCCCGCCGCCGCCGCCCCCCGGGCCCCGCCCCCCCGCGCCCGGCCCCGCCCCCGCCUCGCCCCCGCGCGCCCCGCGGCUGCGCGCGCGCUGUUCCAACGUAAGUGCAACCCCCACGCCUAAGAAGAGGCGGAUACAUCACUUAUAA